AUGGCAUCUCUCGAGCUGGAGAAAGGGAUUGAGAUCACUACUGACUCCUCACCCCUUUCGGGCGGGACUUACACCCCUCCUCACGAUGACUUGCUCAGCAACGACUGCGAGCUGCCCGUCGUGCCCGACAAUCGAUUCUUUCGGUGGGCACGGAAAGUAGAGAAUCUCCUAGGCCUAGAGUCCCGCGGCAUCCACCGCGUAGAGCAGCACGAGCAGUCGCAGAAGACGACGCUGAGCUUCCUGCAGAUCGUGAUGCUGUGGUUUUCCAUCAACACCGCAGCGCAGAAUAUCACGCUUGGGAGUAUCGGGCCCGGCGUGUAUAAUCUGGGCUUCACAGAUUCUGCGCUCUGUAGUGUCUUCGGGGCUUUGGUGGGGAGUCUUCCCGUUGCGUAUACAGCGACGUGGGGACCGUGGAGUGGAAAUAGGACUUUGAUCUGUGCUCGUUUCACCAUGGGGUGGUGGCCGGUGAAACUUUGCAUUCUCCUGAACCUAGUUGUCCUAAUUGGAUACUCCAUGAUUGAUGCGGUCGUUGCGGGCCAGAUCCUCUCUGCUGUCUCCCCUCAUGGUAGCUUGACCGUGGAAGUUGGAAUUGUCAUUACAGCAGUUAUAACCUUUCUGGUAACGAUCUUCGGAAUCAAAAUAUUCCAUCAUUAUGAGAGAUAUGCCUGGGUUCCCCAAUGUAUUGUCCUCCUGAUCUUAGCCGGGACGGCGGGCCCAAAAUUCAACAUCAACUUCCAAGCUACGGGUGACUCGCAAACCAUCAUCGGUAAUCGGCUUUCCUUUUUUGGCGUCUGUCUCAGUGCAGCUGUCACCUACGCGCCCUGCGCCGCGGACUUCCUGGUGUAUUGCGAUCCCAAGAUCGCCACGCGCUGGAAGGUCUUCCUAGCCACCUUGGUCGGGACGUCUCUCUCCUUCACCUUCACCUUCAUGAUCGGCGUCGGCCUUGCAUCCGGCCUACAAGAUGACCCUGUGUGGGCGGCCGCCGGCGCUGGGACUGGGGCGCUUGUCGUAGCCGGCUACGACGGCCUGGGGAACUUCGGCAAGUUCUGCUCUGUGGUGGUUGCGCUGGGGCUGAUCGCAAAUAUGGUUGCCCCAAUCUACGCUUCGGGAAUUGACUUCCAGAUUCUAGGCCGGUACCCAGCUCUUGUGCCGCGCUUCCUCUGGAAUGUGGUGGCGGUGAUCAUUUUCUUGAUCUGCGCGCUGGCGGGGCGGGACCAUCUCUCGGAGAUCUUCACCAACUUCCUCGCGCUCAUGGGCUACUGGGUGGUGAUCUGGAUCGCCAUCACCCUCGAGGAGCACCUGCUGUUCCGCCGCAGUAUGAACCCGCCCUUCAUCUGGAGCGAUUGGAACCGCCGCGACAAACUCCCACACGGCCUCGCGGCCCUGACAGCCUUCUGCGUCGGCUGGGCGGGCGCCGUGCUUUGCAUGGCGCAGUACUACUUCACGGGCCCGAUUGCAAGGCUGGUAGGUGCGGAAGGCGGGGAUAUGGGUAACUUUGUCGGGUUUGCGUGGGCGGGGAUCGUGUAUCCGCCGCUGAGGUACUGGGAGUUGAAAAUGUUCGGGAAGUGA